AGAUUCACUGCUGUGGCAAGUUGUCUCUCAGACUGUACAUGCAUUAAAAUUUGGCGUGGCAUUACUCAAAAGCAAAAGAAAAGCAAAAGAAGAGAUAACAACAAGGAAAAAGAUUGUAUUGAUUUUUUAAAUCAUGCAAAAAUUGCAAAUCUAUGUUUAUAUUUAUCUGUUUAUGCUGAUUGUUGCUGGUCCAGUGGAUCUAAAUGAGAACAGUGAGCAAAAAGAAAAUGUGGAAAAAGAGGGGCUGUGUAAUGCAUGUACCUGGAGACAGAACACUAAAUCUUCAAGAAUAGAAGCCAUAAAAAUUCAAAUCCUCAGUAAACUGCGCCUGGAAACAGCUCCUAACAUCAGCAAAGAUGCUAUAAGACAACUCUUACCCAAAGCUCCUCCACUCCGGGAACUGAUUGAUCAGUACGAUGUCCAGAGGGAUGACAGCAGCGAUGGUUCUUUGGAAGAUGAUGAUUAUCAUGCUACGACGGAAACAAUCAUUACUAUGCCUACAGAAUCUGAUUUGCUAAUGCAAGUGGAUGGAAAACCCAAAUGUUGCUUCUUCAAAUUUAGCUCUAAAGUACAAUACAACAAAGUAGUAAAGGCCCAACUGUGGAUAUAUCUGAGACCCGUCCAGACUCCUACAACAGUGUUUGUACAAAUCCUGAGACUCAUCAAACCCAUGAAAGACGGUACAAGGUAUACUGGAAUCCGAUCUCUGAAACUUGACAUGAACCCAGGCACUGGUAUUUGGCAGAGCAUUGAUGUGAAGACAGUGUUGCAAAAUUGGCUCAAACAACCUGAAUCCAACUUAGGCAUUGAAAUCAAAGCUUUAGAUGAGAAUGGUCAUGAUCUUGCUGUAACCUACCCAGGACCAGGAGAAGAUGGGCUGAAUCCCUUUUUAGAGGUCAAGGUAACAGACACACCAAAAAGAUCCAGAAGAGAUUUUGGUCUUGACUGUGAUGAACACUCAACAGAAUCACGAUGCUGUCGUUACCCGCUAACUGUGGAUUUUGAAGCUUUUGGAUGGGAUUGGAUUAUUGCACCUAAAAGAUAUAAGGCCAAUUAUUGCUCUGGAGAGUGUGAAUUUGUAUUUUUACAAAAAUAUCCUCAUACUCAUCUUGUACACCAAGCAAAUCCCAGAGGUUCAGCAGGCCCUUGCUGUACUCCCACAAAGAUGUCUCCAAUUAAUAUGCUAUAUUUUAAUGGCAAAGAACAAAUAAUAUACGGGAAAAUUCCAGCCAUGGUAGUAGACCGCUGUGGGUGCUCAUGAGAUUUAUAUUAGGUUCACAACUUCCUAAAACAUGGAAGGUGUUCCCCUCAACAAUUUUGAAACUGUGAAAUUAUGUACCAUGUACUACGGGCCUAGAGUAUGCUACGAUCACUUAAGCAUAAGCUACAGUAUAUGAACUAAAAGCGAGACUAUAUGCAAUGGUUGGCAUUUAACCAUCAAAAUACAAUAAAAAGUUUUAGGAUUUCCAGAGUUUUUGAACUAGAAGGAGAUCAAAUUACAUUUAUGUUCGUAUAUGUUACAACAUAGGCAAGGGAAUGAAAGCAAUUCUCCUUGUGUUCUGAUGACUUAAAGGAGUAUGCUUUAAAGUCUAUUUCUUUACAGUUUCAUUUAAUAGUUACAGAAAAAUCUAUAUAUAGUAUUGGUAAAAUGCAGGAUUGUUAUACACCAUUGUUUGAAUCAUCCUUAAACACUUGAAUUUAUAUUGUAUGAUGGCAUACUUGGUAAGAUAAAAUUCCAAAAAAUAGGAAUGGUACACCAUAUGCAACUUUCCAUUCUUAUUAUAAUUGGUAUAGUAUAUUAAAAAUCCAUGCCAAUGGUGCUAAUACAAUAAUAGGCUGAAUGAAUGAUGUUAUCAGGUUUAUCAAAUAAAAAACAUUCAGUAAAAUACUAAGUUUCUCCUUACUUCAGGUGUAUUUUCGUACACCUCUAAAUGGGGAAUGAAUUUUCUUUAAUGAAAGAAGAAUCAUUUUCCUAGAGGUCUGGUUUCAAUUCUGUAGCAUACUUGGAGAAACUACAUUACCUUAAAAGGCAGCCAACAUUUUUAUUAAAAUUGUGAAAUUACAUACUUGAAGUUAAAUAUUUGAAAAAGUAUGUAAUUUUGUUUGCAAAAUUAUAACACUGCCUUUGAAACAUAGAAGUUUUAUGAUAAAAUAAUGGAAAUGACUGAUUCUAUCAAUAUUGUAUAAAAAGACUUUGAAACAAUUGCAUUUAUAUUAUAUAAUAUGUAUACAAUAUUGUUUUGUAAAUAAGUGUCUCCUUUUUUAUUUACUUUGGUAUAUUUUUACACUAAGGACAUUUCAAAUUAAGUACUAAGGCACAAAGACAUUUCAUGUAUCACAGAAAAGCAAAUGCUUAUAUUUCAGAGCAAAUUAGCAAAUUAAAUAGUGGUCUUAAAACUCCAUAUGUUAAUGGUUAGGUGGUUAUAUUACAAUCAUUUUAUAUUUUUUUACAUUAUUGACAUUCACUUAUGGAUUUAUGAUGGCUGUAUAAUGUGAAUGUGAAAUUUCAAUGGUUUACUGUCAUUGUAUUCAAAUCUCAACGUUCCAUUAUUUUAAUACUUAUAAAUAUUACUAAGAAUACCAAAAUAAUUAACUCCAUUAUAUGAAAUGAAGAAUAAUAAACUGAUGCUAUCUCA